AUGGCUACCGCCGCUCAGCUUCCGCCGAGAACACCACCCCGGACCAUUCUGAAUGCUCCUCAACUCUCCCCCAGUCGGAUGCCCCCUCCCUUCGUUCUACAGAAUUCCUACAAAUCUGGUCAUCGGAACUUAGAUGUCUUCUCACCAGUAGAUCAGAAUGGGAGCUUUUGUUUUGAUCGCGAAAUCCAUCGUGGAAAGGUAAACCGACGGAUCAAGAACAAAGGAGCAUGGAAACCUUCCUGGAGGCCUGCGUAUCUCGUGCUCCGGCCGAACUUGUUAUCUAUAUAUCAGAAUGAAGAUGAGACAGACUUAAAGGCCUCCAUCACGCUAUCGGAGGUCACAGCGGUCGCCCCAGUCCGAAAGGCACACACCGAGAAUGUAUUCGGUGUCUUUUCCCCAUCCAAGAACUACCACUUUCAAGGGGUAUCGGCAAAGGAUGCCGCUGACUGGAUAUCCAACAUUCGUGCCGAAACCAGAACUGAGGACGACGGACUAGACAUGCUUCCUCCAAAAUGGUCUCAGGGUCACCACGACCCAUCUACAUAUGAAUCAACAGACUUGUCGGCGGACGACCAACCGCAUCCUCCGGGCUCACCAGACCCACCUUCAACUGCCAUCAGAGCCCGGGCACGAACGGGGUCGAAUCUGGCUAACCCACAGCGGCGAGCCUCGAAUCUGCAGGAGUACUCUGGAAACGAGCAAUUGACGACCUCACAUUCAGACUUCUCUGAUGUGCUGGGCAGCUCUCUACCAAAGAAUGCCACGAUGUCCCUUUCAAAACCCCCUGCCCUGACGCCUAUUGCGUCCUCUCAACAGCUUGCCCCCAAAUCUGAUCUUAGCCCACUGGCUCAAACCACGAUCACUUCAUCUGCCGAAUCGCACCAGGAUCCUGAACGUGUAAUUCGCCAGGGCCACCUACAGAUUCUGAGAUCGCAUAAAACGGGUGUCAAAGGAUGGAAAUGGAUCUGGGUGGUGGUGCGAAAUGGUGGCAUUUCCUUCUACAAGAACGAACAAGAAUACUCGGCUGUGAAGAUCUUCAACAUGAACAGUGUCAUCACAGCCGCCGAGAUCGAUCCGAUCAGCAAGUCCAAGAGGUACUGCUUUCAGGUGAUCAUGGAGGAUAAAUCUUACCGAUUUUGUGCACCAGACGAAGAUGAGCUGGCCAAAUGGUUGGGCGCCCUGAAAAGCGUCUUGAGCAAACGUGAUGCGGCAAAGGCGAAAGCGAAAGGGAAGGCGAAGGUGUCGCCCGCAGACUUGCUAGAUGUCACCGCGAGUUUGUCACUCAAGUGA